AUGGCUAGCAGAAACCUAGACAACUUACAAGAAAACUUAAAGAUUGCACAUCAAUUUUAUGAACUAGCUAAUAUACAUGUUAACAAAGAUAAAACACUUAUCUUAGCCAACAAACACGCAAAAAAGAUCAUAGACAGAGAUUCACCUUCUCCUACUUCUUACAUAGAAAUAGAAUUUGGAACAGUUAUCAAAGUACCUUUAUUGGGAAAAAAUAAGGUGGCUCGAAUAUUAGGAGUAUAUUUUAACCCUGAUGAUGAUCAGAGAUUUUUAAUGGUACAUAUCAAUAGUUUGAGAAAGAAAGGAAUCAUGUUUUUAGACCAUAUUAUAACUAAGGAUCACGCUUAUUUACACGAAUAUAAUGUUAUCAAAGAGUCACUAAUCCACAAAGGAGGACCGCAACCUAGAUGGUAUCAAUUCCUGAAAGAACAUAUAGCUACUAUUAAUAAUUGUAAUAGACUAAGUAUCGAUCUCAGGGUUCCAUUAAUUCAAAAUUCAUCAGCUGCUCGACCAGCUAUUCCACCCAUAUCAAUCGACACACUCCAUCAUCCGAAACGAUCUCAAAAAUGGGUUGUAGCUUGGGUUCCAAGCAUAUCAGAUAUUGUUUAUGGCAAAAAUUUAAGUACUAAUCACUUUCCAAAUAGCAUUCCAGUUUCAUAUAUUGAACAUUGGGUUCAUCGAGAUAUUUCAAUAAUAAAAAUACCACCACGUCUUGACAGACCUAUUGCUCCUCCUCAGUUGAGUCGACCCACAUUUAGUAAUAAUACAUUUAUUAACCAACUUCUUGAAGAUGAUAUGAUAGUGAAAGAAUUACAGGAUAUAGCUAGAACUCUUAAUCCUUUUAAUGUAUUAGUGUUUUAUACAGAUGGUUCUUAUAAUGUUGAAUUUUUAUCUAAUGAAUACCCUAUGGGUUAUGGUUGGACCACUUCAAACAUAGAGAAUGCGAAUAUUACAUAUUCAGGAUCGGUAAAAUAUUUUCCAUCAUCAACUAAAGCGGAGAUAAUGGCUAUACUUACGGCGCUUAUUACUUGUCCGCCUAAAUGCAACGUAACGAUUCACACAGACUCUCAAGCUGCGAUCGACGCAUUUCAUAAAUCCAAAAAUCUCCACUCGAUCUCCCCUAGACGUUUCAACAAGAUCAAUAAUAAUAUUUUAUGGUCGACCAUUCACCAAAUCAUUAACACGUUAUCAUUAAAUGUAAAGUUCAUAAAAGUGAAAGCACAUUCAGGUGACCCAUUUAACGAUAUCGCGGAUGCGUUAGCAAAAGUUGGUCAUGUUGUAGUAUCCCCAACGAUUAUUAAACAUAAUAACCUACCAAAUCAAUCUCUCACCAUUGAAUGGAAUGAGGAAAUUCCAUAA